AUGUGGGGUUUAAUCCCAUCUUCACUAGCAAACCUCUCAAGUAUUAUUAAGUUGGACAUUAGUGAAAACAGGUUCACUGGUUCUUUACCCUCAUUUCAUAGUACAAGUGUACCAAAUCUCUCGUACCUUGACAUGUCAUCCAAUCCUCUCACGGGUGGAAUUCACUCGUCUCUUUUCAUGCUACCAUCUCUGAAAAUCUUGUACCUCAAUGAUAACAAAUUCAGUGGUGAACUUGAGGAGUUCUCUAAUACAUCUUCCUCUAUUUUAGAGCAAUUGUAUUUGAGUGGCAAUCAAUUGAGUGGGGUGGUACCUACAUCAAUCUUUGAACUUCCUAACCUCAUUCAUCUAUCAUUAGCCUCUAACAAUUUUAAUGGUAGUGUGAAAAUUAAAAUGUUGCAAAAUCUCAAGAACUUGAUAUCUUUAGAUUUAUCUAGCAAUAGCUUGACAGUUGAAGAAAAUGAUGAUGAUGAUGAUAGAAGCUUUCACUUGCCUCAGUUGGGGUUUUUGGGUCUAGACAAGUGCAAUUUAUCUGACUUCCCGAUUUUCCUAAAGAGCCAAGUAAAACUUAGAAGUCUUAGUGUUAAAGAUAAUCACAUCCGUGGUUAUGUUCCCAGUUGGCUGGGGAACAACACUCUCAGGACUUUGGACCUUUCUGGAAAUCCAUUAAAAUUUCUUGAACCAUCAGCCAUGGGAAAUAGUUCCUUCACAUCGCUAUACGCUUUAGCGAUGCAUUCUUGCAAUAUUUCUAAGCUCCCAGAGAUCUUGAAAGUCCUCAAUGCUUUAGAGUAUCUUGACCUUUCUGAUAACAAGAUAGAAGGUGAAAUACCAAGCUGGAUAUGGAAGAAUGAACUUCAAUUUGUGAAUAUUUCUCACAAUUUUUUUUCUGCUCUGAAUGAAUUUCCCUCAAAUAUUUCUUUAAAUGUUUUUGCUCUUUAUCUUCAUGGAAAUCGUAUCAAAGGAUCUCUUCCAUCCGGAAUAUGCAAUAUGAGCUACCUGCGAGUUCUUGACGCAUCAGAUAAUAAUUUGAGUGGUUUGAUCCCGGAGUGUCACGUCAACCUGACAAGUCUAUCAGUUUUGAACUUGAAAGGAAACAGAUACGAUCAAAUGCCUUCUACUUUUACAUUUGCCUAUAAUAAUCUUCGCUCUCUAAAUAUAAAUGGCAAUCGAUUGAAAGGGAAGUUGCCAAGAUCACUAGCCAACUGCAAAAUGCUAGAGAUUCUUGAUUUAGGAAACAAUAUGAUAUGUGAUACUUUUCCAUUUUGGUUGGAAAAACUCCCUUCACUCAAAGUUCUUAUCUUACGAAACAACAUGUUUUAUGGUCAGGUGGAGAUUCCUAAGACAGAGUUUGUGCUACCAAGUUUAUGCAUAAUUGAUUUGUCCUCCAAUAAUUUCACUGGGGAGUUGUCUAUAUAUUUCCUACAGAGCUUGAGUGCAAUGGCUAUGGGUGAGGAACACAAAUCACUAUCUAGCCUCAUUGGAGAGCAUGAUGAAUACUAUCAUGAUUCAGUGACCAUCAUGAACAAAGGAAAUGAGAUGGUGCUGGUUAAGAUAUUGACAAUAUUUGUGUCAUUGGAUCUGUCAAACAACAAGUUCCAUGGCAAUGUUCCGAAAGAGAUUGGUGAACUAAAAUCAUUGGUUGUGCUCAACCUGUCACAAAAUGUUUUUGAUGGGCAAAUUCCAAUAUCAUUGGGAGAGUUAUCUGAACUUGAAUCUUUAGAUUUCUCAAAGAAUAAAUUCUCAGGAACAAUUCCUCCACAACUUACCAGUCUAACAUUCCUAGCAGUAUUGAACAUGUCUUACAACCAACUAGCCGGUCCCAUUCCUUUGGGUAACCAAUUCAAUACUUUCACGAAUAGUUCCUACAUUGGAAAUACAGGAUUGUGUGGAAUCCCACUCUCAAGGAAAUGCAAUGGAGAUGGCGCACCAGUAGCAAAAGAUGAUGAGAGCUUGGAAAGUGAAGAAGCCAUGUUUGAUUGGAGGUUUGCAGUUGCUGGGUGUGGGUUUGGAUUGGUUGUUGGAUUAACAAUCGGUUUUGCAUUCUUGGCCGAAUGGAUUAUUAAGUGGCUCGUAAAGCAGAAAAAGAAGAAGCAGCAGCAGUGA